AUGGUAAUGGGGCGCGCGUCCGCCGGCUCGCUGCUCGUCGCGCUCGCCGUCCUGGCUCCGGCGGUGACGGCGCAGACCUGCGACGACGAGCUGCCGGCUCAGCUUGCCGGCAACUUCUCGGGGCUCGCCUGCGCCCCCGUCUGGAACAACUUCGUGCUCCGGUACGCGCAGGGCAGGGACAACGUGCUGCGGGUGGUGCUGUCGACCAUGUACAGCACGGGGUGGGUGGGGAUGGGGUUCUCCAAGAACGGCCUCAUGGUGGGCUCGAGCGCCAUGGUGGGGUGGAUGGGCAAGACGGGGCUCCCGCACAUCAAGCCCUUCUCGCUGGGGGGCAAGACCCCCUCCCAGGUGGUCGCGGACCAGGGCUUCCUCGUCUCCAGCGACCACCACAAGCCCACCGUGCUCGUGCAGCAGGCCAAGAUCUACCUCGCCUUCCAGCUCAGCUUCACGGAGCCGCUUAAGCGCCAGAAUGUGCUCCUCGCCUUCGGCUCCGCCAUCCCCGUCAACGACCGCCUCUCCGAGCACCAGGACAAGACCUCCAUCGUAUUCGAUUUCACCACAGGCAGCUCUUCAAGCUCGUCAUCCUUCUCGGAAGGUCUGAAAAGGACCCAUGGGGCGCUCAACUUGUUCGCGUGGGGUGUGCUCCUGCCAAUUGGCGCCAUUGUUGCAAGGUACUGCAGGAGAUGGGACCCUCUGUGGUUCUACCUCCAUGCCGGUAUCCAGUUUGUUGGAUUCAUCCUGGGUCUGGCCGGCAUUGUGGCUGGAGUUUCAUUGUACAACAAGAUCCAAGCCGACGUCCCGGCGCAUAGGGGCCUCGGCAUAUUUGUGCUUGUGCUAGGCAUUUUGCAGAUUCUGGCAAUUUUCCUGAGGCCCAAUAAGGACUCCAAGUACCGCAAGUUCUGGAACUGGUACCACCACUGGGUCGGCAGGCUCGCCCUCUUCUUUGCAGCCAUCAACAUUGUCCUCGGGAUCAAGGUCGGCGGCGCAGGCAACUCGUGGAAGAUCGGCUACGGUUUCAACCUGGCCGUCCUUCUGAUCACCAUCAUCACCCUGGAAGUCCUGCUCUGGACAAGGUGGAAAAACAACAGUGGCUCCACGGGGGCAUAUUAG